GGAUUUUGCAGUAAUCUUCCCCUGGAGUGGGGUGGGAAUGGAAAUUUUACAGUAUUCUUUCCCUGCCACACCCACCAAGCCACGCCCACCAUGCCACACCCAUAGAACUGGUAGUAAAAAUUUUUGAAGCCCACCACUGAACCAGAGGGAGGGUCACCAGUCCCCCAAACAAUUUGCUGGGUGGGUGUGGCAAAAAAACACUGCACCAUCCACUACACAGUGGGCACCUCCACGAUCUCACCCACAGACCUCAAAGCAUGCAGUUUAUUUAGUAAACUAAUAAAUUUCAAAAUGGAAAGGAUCUGAGUAUCUUAAAUGAACUAUGAAGGACAAGAGAGACAGUGGCAAUGAAAAAGAUUUCUAUCCACUCUGUAACUCUCACUAUUUACCCAAUGAGAUAGUCCACAGGCUGUCACUUUCUUGCCUUAGUCAGCUUUCAUCCAAAAAUUUAUAUUGCUAGAAAUGAUGGGAAGCGUAAUUUCGCUUCAGGCAGAAGCAAUUUUAAAACCAGCUCCAAUUUAGGAUUCAUAAAUCUAAUAUAAUGGAAAUAUAAUAUAAGGGAAAUCUAAUAUAAGGGAAAAUCCCCAACAGGGCCAACAUUUAACAUUAGGCAGGGUUCAAGGGUGCCGAUUGCGUGUCACCAAACUCCAUAGCUCUGGCUGACCUUCCCCAGCGCACUCUGGAAACAAAAAACCAUGUUGAAGGACAGGAGAAGUCAGUUCCCUUGAGGUUCAGAUACCCCCCCCCCCCCCCGCAUCACUUUCUGGACAUGUCCCAACAGGAGGAAUCCCAGCCACUACACAGCAGAGCCCCCAGGGAUGUUUCCGUGGUUUUUCACUAACAUGUUUUUCUCCAGCUAACCCUCCUUGCAUUAAAGAACUUUACGGUCCCCAGUGGAAAAGUUGCAACUCCCUGUAAUAAUCACCACCCCAGUUUUCUGCUACUUCUCCAAUAACUGUAAGCAUCAGACUGAAGCAAUGUGGAAAAGAUCCUUCAUCAGAAAAGGAUAAAUGUCUUAGGUUGCAUUUGUGUGGCACAAGUUUUCAGGCAGGCAAGAGAUUUCUUUUCCAGCUGAAGCUUGGAUUGUCUCUGUCUGGAUCAGGAAAGCCACCAGCAUUUCCAUCUUGUGAGAGUGCUUGGAAUUCUUGUUCAUCUCAUCUAGUUCUUUUUGUUAAGAACUGAUUCAGCCCCAAGAAUUAUGGACCUCCUGCUUCUGCUUCUGAUGCUGCUGGUGCCCCAGCCGGUCUCUGGGAAGCUGAGAAUGAAAUGCCUGCUGAGUUUGGAGCACCAGGAUGAAAAACAACCAUGGAGCUACUACAGGCCAGGAGACCAUCUCAUUACUAUGAUCAACACUGCAACAGAAAUAUUGCAUUCAACGUUUCCUUUCAAUAGUCCUCCUUCUAAUCCGUCUCAUUCUAGACUUUCUUUUGGUUAUUCAGAAACCCUACGCUUCAUUUUUGCCAUUCAAGUGAUGAAUAAGAAUUCCCAGCUCCUGCAUAAUCUCACGCUUGGCUACAACAUCCAUGACAAUUAUUUUAGCACUUUACGCACUUCAGAUGUCUUGCUGGACACACUCUCCACUGGAGAAGCCAAUGUUCCCAAUUACCUCUGUGGAAGGAAGGACAACCUUCUGGCUCUUCUUGAUGGAGCUAGCAGGGACAUCUCCAUCCAGAUGUCAACCUUAGUAGGCAUCUACAAAGUCCCACAGAUCAGUGCUGAACCUGUUUCAGAGGCUCUGAGUGAUAAAAGUAAAUUCCCCUUUUUCUACCUGAUGCUCCCCAAACAAGGAUUCCAGUACCCAGCCAUUGUCCCACUGCUCCUCCAUUUCAAAUGGACCUUGAUUGGUCUCUUUGCUUCAGGCACAGAGGAGGGAGUGAAUUUCAUGAGGACUUUUACUCCUAUGCUUCUCCAGAAUGGAAUUUGUGCUGUUAUAUCACAACAAUUCUCAACAACUGGUCAUACAGCAGCCCUCAGGGAGGCCCUCUCUAACUGGAGACAAGUCAACGUCUUUGUUCACUUUGUAGAAUACGAUUCCCUUUGGGCCACAAUUCUUCCUUUCCAUUUAGCACUCAGGCAUUUGCCAGGACCCAUUGAAGGGAAAGUCUGGAUCUUGACAGUCUUGGGCCAUUUCACAAUUAGAAGGCACAAACUUCUCAAAUUUGUCCAUAGUAUUUGGGCCUUUGGUUUGCAGAAGAAGUCUGAGCAAAUAUAUAAUUCAUUUGAACCCCAUCUAUUUUUGGAACCCCAGGUUGAAGAUCAUUAUUUUCACUGUUCUCUUUCAAAACCCGUCUUUUCUGUCAAAGGCCGGAGAAGAUGCACCCAGAAAGCCCCACUGGAGACCCAGGAGAAAAGGGACAGGAUGCAGAUCAUUAAUUACCCCCAUCUCUACAGUAUCAUUCGGACUCUGGCCCAGGCCUUGAAUGCUGCCUAUUCCUCCAGGAGGAGGAGAAGGAAGGAGGGGGAAGAGAGGUUGGGGGCUCUGAGGCUGCAGCCAUGGCAGUUUCAUCCCUUUCUGGCGAAGAAUGAGUUUUGCAACCUUUCUGCGAGAAAACUGUACUUGGACCAAAAUGGAGAUAUAGCAGCAGAUCUGGUCAUCAGGAGCUGGGUGGUUCUCCCCAAGAUGGAUCACAUUUAUCAGCACCCAGGGACGUUUAAAAGAGGGAGACUUCUUAUCAACCAAGAUGUUCUUUCAAGGCUAAAGUUGCACAACAAGAUACGGAAAAAUGCACCAAGUGUCCGGAUGAUAAAUAUCCAAAUGAGAACAGAAUCCACUGUAUCCCCAAAGUUAUAACCUUCCUGUCUUUUGAAGAACAUCUGGGAAUCGUCCUGGACUCUUUUGCCCUACUCUUGUCCCUAACCACAGGACUUGUUUUAAUCAUCUUCAUUCAAUACAGAGAAACUCCCCUUGUCAAAGCCAACAACCGGGACCUCUCUUACAUCCUCCUGGUCUCCCUCCAGCUUUGCUUCUUGUCUCCUUUUCUCUUUAUUGGUCAACCAAGGAAAGCCACCUGCCUUCUCCGACAAACGGUCUUCAGCAUCAUCUUCUCAGUUGCCAUUUCUUCUCUCUUGGCCAAAACUAUCAUGGUGGUGCUGGCCUUCCUGGCCACAAAACCAGGAAACAGAGUGAAGAGAUGGUUGGGGAAGAGCUUGGCCAACACCAUCAUCCUUUCUUCUGCUGCUGUUCAAAUUGUCAUCUGCUCCAUCUGGCUGGGAGUUUCUCCCCCCUUCCCUGACUCUGACCUCCACUCCCAGCCUGGAGAGAUCAUCCUGCAGUGCAACGAAGGGGCCAUUGUCAUAUUCUACAUCACCCUCAGCUACAUGGGCUUCCUGGCUGCCAUCUGCUUCACGGUGGCUUUCCUGGCCAGGAAUCUGCCUGGGGCCUUCAACGAAGCCAAGCUGAUCACCUUCAGCAUGCUGGUCUUCUGCAGUGUCUGGGUGACUUUUGUGCCCACCUACUUGAGCACCAAAGGAAAAUACAUGGUGGCUGUGCAGGUCUUCUCCAUCCUGGCCUCCAGUGCUGGUCUGCUGGUCUGCAUCUUCAUCCCCAAGUGCUACAUUAUCUUUCUGAGACCAGACCUGAACACAAAGGAAUGUCUUACAGCCAGAAUCAAUGUAAAAACAUGAGACAUGAGACCAUUAUGAUAUUGGAAGAAUUGUUAAUGUUUGUUUUAUUUGAAAUAAAAUAUUAUUUCCAUUCAGAUAGCAUGCAGAAGAAUAUCAUAUGUCUGUGUUUGAAAUGGUAAAUAGUUCAACGACUGUUCCCUUCUGUUUCAUCUCAAUAAAUCUUGUGAAAAUAAUAAACUCAAUAAAUUGUGAAAAUC